AUGAUCUAUCUUGAGGGCACACCUGCCUUUGCAGUUACACACUGGUGGGUGCGGGACUCGAACCUGCGGAUCAAUCGUGUCAAGGGGGCGGAGCUUCUGCUCAACGGGCGGCGGCGGGAACCAAUCAGCAGGUGUAGGGGACGGGGCGGUGCCGUGACGUCAGGGCGAGGGCGCCGGUGGUUUUGGCGGGCGGUGCUGAAACUUAGCUCAAACCUUGAGAACAGCACCAUUCAGCAGCAGAGGCAAGAAAUCCAGCUUUUAACUGCAGAACUGAAAGAUCGUGAUAAGGAACUCAGUGACAUGGUUGCAGUGCAUCAGAAACAGAUUCUGGCCUGGGAACGUGAUCGGCAGAAAAUACUGACUUUAGCAGAACGAUGCAAUUUGCUGAACAGUGAGCUGAAGAAGAGAAAUGAAAUCAUAAAAUCACUGACACAACAGAAGUUUAAAGAGAUGUCUCAAAAAGUAACAGAUGCAACUGUUCGCUGUCAGGCUCUGGAGGAGAAAAAUCAAAGUCUCCACUGCUCAGUUUUUGAACUGUCUGCUAAAGCAGGCCAGCUGCAGGCAAGGGAACAGGAGCUUCUUACGAUGCUUAAGCUGAAGGACGCGGCUAUACUUGAAACAACUGAUCAUGUCACUGAGUUUACAUCUAAAUUCAGAAAGCUGGGAAGUGCACUGCAUGCAGCAGAGGUGGAGAAACUCAAUCUCAACAAAAAAGUGCAAGACCUCACACUGAGACUGAAAGAACUGAUACUAGAAAGAAAUAAGCUGGAAGAUGAUCUCUGUGAAAAGAUGAAAGAAAGUAAUAAGCAGGAGGAGGAAAUCAUUCAGCUCAGACAAGAAAAUGGCUACCUGAGGGAUGAGCUCAUGCUUACUGUUGAGAAAGCAAAGAGAAUGGAUCAGCUGCUUCAGUUUGCCAAGUCCAAACAAGCACGGACUAACACUGAGCUAGAAAGCUUGCGGCAGAUCUACCUAAAACAGCAGUGUGACUUGCAAUUUCUUCAUGUCAGUUUGGAGAGCUGUCAGGAAUUAAGGCAAAAGCAUGAAGCAGCAGCUCAUGAAGGGAGUGAUAACUUCAAUAUGAAAAAAGAUGCCAGGUGGAAGCCAGUAUCAGAUCUGGAAUGGCUGGAGAGUUUCAAACCCAUAAAUGGUGAUGGAAGUACAUGGCAUGGAGAAGAUUGCAGCUGUCUCAAGACUGAACAAGAGAUGAAAUGUGUCAGCUCAGAAAGAGGAGACAAUGUGGAUCUGGGUUCUUUUCACUCGGAUUCUAUCUGUUUGACAUCCACCCAGAAAAGAGACAAGUCUCAAACAUGUGAGAAAUUCUCUGAUGAAGACUUCCCUCUGGAGAUCAAUCACCUUUCAGUGACUAAGCCAGCAAGUAGAUGCUGCAGAACUACCACGGACCAAGACACCAGUUCCCCCAUGAGCAAGCUGCAGCGUGCGCUGGCUGAGUAUCGACAGAUGGUUGCUGAUCUGGAGCUUAGCACUCUCCUCCAAGCGACCCCUCACUGCAGUCCUAACAGCAGCAAUGCUGAUAGGACACCAGAACUUGCAGAGGCUCUUCACGGAACCCAGUUAUCUGCUGCAGAAGAAAGGGAUACAUUCUCUUGUCUGUGAUGUUCUGUGAGCAUGAAGGUCUUUGCCCUCCUGCAGUGGCUGAAGAAGUUUCCAGUGCGGAAUUAAUUUUGAGAACUGAAGACCAUCAACCCAUCAGCUGCAAUGGAAAGUUACCUCAUUUUUUUUCCAUGGUUCUUUUGAGUGUUUGAAAGGCUCACAAGUGGCAUAUACUCUGCAGGAGUAUAUUUUAUCUUGAAAUAAAACACAGAAUUAUGCCAAGAGUAACAAAACUAUUUUUAUAGCUGAGAGCUCAGGUUAAAUACUGGCUUGUUUUGAAGAGUCUUAAGUGUGUGGCUGUUACAACAUAGGAACUAUUUUUCUGACUCCUUUUUUUUUUAUGGUGGCUCAGAAAUAUUUAUAGAGUAUGACACAGCCGAGCAUUCCUUGUUUUGUUAGUUCAUUGUUUUUGUUCUGGACUUCUUGCCAUGUAGGGAGAGCUUAAUAAUGUUUAUAGGAAGUUCCCAAUUAGUCUUGUAACCAGGAACUGCCUCUGACAUUGUUGAAAGGGGAAAGCUGGCACCCCAAGUUGGG